GCUGCAACGCGCAAUGUGCUCUCCAACUACGACGAAUACGCCAUUGACUACGAUUUGAUUACCCGACUUGUUGAAACCGUUGCCUACGAUCCGCAACUGAGCCGCUUUAGCAGCGCCAUUCUUGUUUUUCUUCCAGGUAUUGCCGAAAUCCGCCAACUGAACGAUAUUCUGGCGGGCCACCCUUCGUUCAAAGCCGAUUG